AUGAAUUCGCCUGGUUUCUUACUUUGCCUGCUUUCCUUCUUAACUCUUUUUCUUGAUUCUGCAAACCCCUUUGUCGCUUAUACAGCCUCCAGUACCCAUGGUAUCUUUGCCGCCAUUGCCGUUCCCCUCGAGUUGCCCCACCGAAAUGUGUUUGUUUCCUACAAUUUUGAGGCCAACUACAACUUGCCCACAAACUGGGAGAAAUGGACAAUAUUUCAAAAUGGACCCAUUGAGUCGGAGGAAGUGGUAGUGGAUGACACAGAGACGGAUGCGGAGGCAGAGUCAUCUCGCAAGUUAUCCGCCGACUGCCGACUGAAUUGCACUUCAGAGGAGAACGAGGCUGGGGAAGAGAGUCAAGAGGAAGUGGAAGCCACAGAGCUACCCCCUAAAGAACGUAAAGUUAGGUCCCUACUAACCCGCACAAAUAUCUACCGCAUAUUUAUCGAUAAGCUAAGGAGGAGUGGUUUCCAAGGGGAGUCUUGUUUACUGCGCUUAAUCUGUGAGUCCAAUGCGGCCCAAUUAGAUGAGUUCAAUGGCGUUUUGGGCAGCCUGAUGCAUGUUCUAUUCAGUCCCAGCACGUCUGAGUCAGAGGAUCUCCCCUUGCGCUAUUAUCAAGCGGAACAUGAUGGCUACAACGAUCACUGUCACUACUACGAGCCAGGUUGUGGUGAGAGUCUUCUGGAGCUGAUAUCGGAGCCAUUUUCAGAGAUCUUCAAGCACAUAGAACGCAAUAAAAUAUAG